GUUCAGGCUGGGUUUGAAGAAAGUCGCGUUAGCAUCGACAUGCAACUCGCUGUGGGACGUAGCCUACUUCAUUAUUAUACAUUUACUAGCUAGAUGUUGUGCAAGUUUGAGGGUUUUCUUCUGAGGAUUUUAACCUGUUGGUAACCCCUGUGGGGGGACGGGGGGCUACGAGGAGCCAUGGGUGUGGGCACACAGAUCAGGCUUUUGCUGUGGAAAAACUGGACAAUUCGCAAGAGACAGAAGAUUCGGUUCUUUGUUGAAAUGAUGUGGCCUGUCAUGCUUUUCAUUGGCCUGGUUUGGCUGAGGAAAGCGAAUCCACUCUACCGUCAACAUCAGUGCCAUUUCCCCAACAAAGCAAUGCCCUCUGCUGGAACACUGCCUUGGAUCCAGGGGAUUUUCUGCAAUGUCAACAACCCCUGCUUCCGAUACCCCACUCGCGGAGAGUCCCCUGGCCUCGUCUCCAACUACAACAACUCCAUAUUGGCUCGCUUCUACACGGAGGCCCAGGAGGUGCUCUUCAGUACCCCAGAGUCUCAGCAGGUGGGCCGUCUGUGGCGAGAACUGAUGGUGAUGGGAACCUUUAUGAACACCCUUUGGACCAACCCCUCCCAGAUUGCUGGUCGCGGUCUGAAGAUAGAGGACAUACUGAAGGAUAACGAGACCCUCUCUGCGUACCUGCUGGGUGAGGUGGGCUUGACGGACUCCGUGGUACACCAGCUGGUGAAUGUCAAAGUGCGCCCUGAGCAGUUUGCGUACGGAGUGCCGGACCUGCGUCUGAAGGACAUCGCCUGCAGCCCGCUCCUGCUCCAGCGCUUCCUCCUCUUCCCCAGCCCGCAGGGGCUGUACGCCGUGCGCAACGCUGUCUGCUCCCUCUCUCCCCAGAGCCUGCAGAGCAUCGAGGACGAGCUCUACGUCAACGUGGACUUCUUCAAGCUCUUCCGCAUGCUGCCCCGGGUGUUGGACAGCCACUCCUCCGGCAUCGACCUCGCCUUCUGGAGCCGAGCACUGUCUGGCAUGUCUGGAAAACUGAGAGAGCUAGCAGAGAGGAGCAGCUUCAAGGCCCUCCUCCGGGUCCUGAGCCCCAUUUUGCAGAGUACAGAGAGCCUCUCCUUCAGCCAGUUGCAAAGUGUCAUCUCUGACCUCUUCUGCGGGUACCCCGACGGCUCCGGAUCAAGGGUGACCUCCUACAACUGGUACGAGGACAACAACUACAAAGCCUUCCUGGGCAUCAACAGCACCAAGGGCCAGAGGAGCUACGCCUACGACAAGACGGCCACCCGCUUUUGCAACGAGGUGAUGCAGAGCCUGGAGUCGGACCCCCUCACCAGGAUCGUGUGGAAUUCCGUCAAACCCCUCCUGAUGGGAAAGGUCGUGUACACCCCAGACACCCCGGCCGUGAGGCAGAUAUUGAAGAGUGCCAACAGCACUCUGGAGGAGCUGGCCAGGCUGAGGAACAUGCUGAAGGUCUGGGGGGAGGUGAGCGGCCAGCUCUGGUCUUUCUUCCAGAGCGGCAUUCAGAUGAAGAUGAUUCGUAAGGCCAUCAGGAACCCCAUAGUGAUGGAUUUCAUUGAUAAGAGCCUGGAGGAUACAGGCUUCUCCUCCCAACAUAUCCUCAACUUCCUGUCCACUGGCCCGCAUGCUGAUCGCUCCUACAACAUGCCCAACUUUGACUGGACGGACAUCUUUGCAAUGGCACACCAAAUCUUCGACACGUUAAGCCGGUAUGGGCAGUGUGUGACCCUGGACAAGUUUGUGAGCAGCUCUGACGAGGAUGAGAUGACCCACCAGGCCCUGCACCUGCUGGAGGAGAACAAGUUCUGGGCGGGGCUCGUCUUCCUUGACAUGCCCCCCGAGAGCAGCGAGGUGCCAGCCCACGUCAAGUUCAAAAUCCGGAUGGACAUCGACGCCGUGGAGCGCACCAACAAGAUCAAAGACAGGUACUGGGACCCCGGUCCGAGGGCGGACCCCGUUGACGACCUGCGCUACGUGUGGGGGGGCUUUGCCUACCUGCAGGACAUGAUCGAGCAGGGCGUCAUUAAAGUGCACACUGGCAGAGACUGGCCGCUCGGUGUCUACCUGCAGCAGAUGCCUUACCCCUGCUAUGUGGAUGACCUGUUCAUGCUGACACUGAACCGCUGCUUCCCCAUCUUCACCGUGCUGGCCUGGGUGUCCUCGGUGUCCAUGACGGUGAAGAGCAUCGUCCUGGAGAAGGAGCUGAGGCUGAAGGAGACGCUGAAGGCCAUGGGCGUGACCAACGGCGUCAUCUGGAGCGCCUGGUUUGUCGACAGCUUCCUGAUGAUGAGCGCCAGCACGACCCUGCUCACCGCCAUUGUCAUGGGAGGAAAAGUGCUAAGCUACAGCAACCCCAUCAUCCUCUUCUUGUUCCUCCUCACGUUCACUGUGGCGACCAUCAUGCAGUGCUUCCUGAUGAGUGUGUUCUUUAACAAGGCCAACCUGGCGGCCGCCUGCAGCGGGAUCAUAUACUUCACCCUGUAUCUGCCACACAUCCUCUGUUUCGCCUGGCAGGAUCGAAUCACCAAAGACAUAAAGAUCUUGGUGAGCUUGCUGUCCCCCGUUGCUUUUGGUUUUGGGACGGAGUACCUGUCUCGGUAUGAAGAACAGGGGCAGGGACUGCAGUGGGACAACAUCCAAACCAGCCCCCUAGAGGGGGAUGAAUUUUCCUUCAUCAUGUCUGUCCAUAUGAUGGUGCUCGACAUCUUUCUCUACGCCGUCCUGACCUGGUACCUGGAUAAUGUCUUUCCAGGCCAGUAUGGAAUCGGUCGGCCAUUUUAUUUCCCGCUACAGCCUUCAUACUGGGCUAGGUUGGAGCCCUCACAGGAAGCUCCCACAGAGUCGGAAUGUGAGAUGCAAGACGUCCCAAGCCUUGAAACGCUGGGGAACGAGGAGUGGAGCGGGAGGUCUCCGGCUGGACACAGAUCUGACUCCAGGCUCUGCAAACACCAAGACAAACGGCGCAGGAUGGAGAUGGAGCGAGAGGAGCAGCAGAGGAAACAGGAGGAAGACCUUAGGAGGAUUCAGGAGGCAGAGCAGACAGGGAAGCCCUUCUUUGAGGCGGAGCCUACGGGCCUAAACAUGGGUGUGUCCGUGCAGGACCUGGUCAAGGUCUUCAGCAGAAACUCUGCUCCAGCAGUGGACCACCUAACCCUCACCUUCUACGAGGGGCAGAUCACAUCUUUUCUCGGUGAAAAUGGGGCGGGAAAGACCACCACCUUGUCUAUCCUGAUUGGCCUGUUCCCUCCCACGUCAGGGACGGCCUACAUUAACGGGAAAGACAUCCGCACGGACAUGGACACCAUUCGCCAGUCUCUGGGGAUGUGUCCCCAGCACAACAUCCUGUUCCACCACAUGACUGUAGCAGAACACAUCCUCUUCUAUUCCCUCUUGAAAGGCCGGUCUUACCCUGAGGCCCUGCAGGAGGUGGAGAACAUGCUAAAAGACCUGGGGCUCCCUCACAAGAGGAACGACCAGGCGCAGAACCUCUCUGGUGGUAUGCAGAGGAAGCUAUCUGUUGCCAUGGCGUUUGUGGGCGGUGCAAAAGUGGUUAUCCUGGAUGAGCCUACCUCUGGAGUCGAUCCAUAUUCAAGACGCUCAAUCUGGGACCUUCUGCUAAAAUAUCGCUCAGGAAGGACGGUCAUCCUGUCCACCCACCACAUGGACGAGGCAGACCUGCUCAGUGACCGUGUGGCCAUUAUCUCCAAAGGCCGUCUGCACUGCUGCGGCUCGCCGCUCUUCCUCAAGAACUGCCUGGGCGCCGGCUUCUACCUGACCCUGGUGCGCCGCAUGACAGAGCAGAGACCUGCAGCCGGGAAGGAGGCGGAGUGUGACUGUACCUCAGAAUGCUCCUGCCAUUGCUCCGUCUGCUCUAAGUACAAAGAGGAAGUGCAGGCCCAGGCCAGUGCUCCUGAUCGACACCUGGACGGCGACCUGGAGAGUAUCAUCACCCUGAUCCACGACCAUGUCCCUGAGGCCCGGCUCAUCGAGACCAUUGGCCAGGAGCUGACCUUCAUCCUGCCCAGUAAGGACUUCAGGCACCGCGCCUAUGCCAGCCUGUUCAGAGAGCUAGAGGAGACGCUGGCCGACGUGGGCUUGAGCAGCUUUGGUGUGUCCGACACGUCACUGGAGGAGAUAUUCCUGAAAGUCACUGCUGAUGGAGAGGGAACUCAUGACAGAAAGUCCCCUGUUGCAGCUGAAGCGAUGCAAACAAACUGCCACAGGAGUUCCUGGCCUUCAGACAGCCACAGAGGGAAAGGCUCCAGGCAGGUCAGAGGUCUCCGUCUGGUCAUCAAGCAGUUCUUCGCCCUGUUGACCAAGCGACUUCACCACGCCAUGCGCAGCCAUAAAGACUUCCUUGCUCAGAUUGUGUUGCCAGCAGCUUUUGUCCUUUUGUCCAUGGUGUUCACACUGGUCAUCCCCCCUUUUGGGGAGUACCCCAGUCUGACCCUCAGUCCCUGGAUGUACGGACGACAGUUCACCUUCUUCAGUAAUGAGAGGACUUUGAAUGCAGAGAUGAGGUACUUUGGAGAUGUCCUGUUGAAUAAGCCAGGGUUUGGAACUCGCUGCAUGGUGGAGGAGCCUCUAGAGGACUUUCCCUGUAAUAACAUUACCACAGCAUGGGAGCUGCCUCUGGUUUCCCCGGUGAUUGUGAGCAUGCUGGAGGACCCUGUGUGGACCGAGCUCAACCCCUCCCCCAGCUGCCAGUGCAGCACUAAGGCCAAGCUGACCAUGUUACCAGUGUGUCCUGGGGGGGCCGGUGGGCUCCCCCCACCUCAGAGGAUUCAGUCUACUGGGGAUGUGUUAAUGGACCUGACUGGCAGAAAUAUCUCAGAUUACUUGGUAAAGAGCUACCCCACCCUAAUUAAGUCCAGUUUAAAGAGCAAGUACUGGGUGAAUGAGCUAAGGUAUGGAGGCAUCUCUGUUGGAGGGCAGCUCCCUGUGCUCGAUGUGGACCCCAGAACCAUCCAGAGCAUACUGACUGACGUGGGACGCCUAUUAAAUAUUUCUGGGGGACGGUAUAGUGGCCUUGCUUUCAAAGAAAUUGAAGCUUUCUUGAGAUGCAUGGAAAGUGAAUAUAAUGUUAAGGUGUGGUUCAACAAUAAGGGUUGGCAUUCCAUGGUAUCCUUCUUGAAUGUGGCCAACAAUGCCAUCCUCAGGUCCAACUUGCCUCCCAAUGCCAAUCCGGCAGAGUACGGCAUCACCACCAUCAACCACCCCCUCAGUCUCACCAAGGAGCAGCUGUCUGAGGUCACCGUACUGACCACGUCGGUGGAUGCUGUGGUGGCCAUCUGCGUGAUAUUUGCCAUGUCCUUCAUCCCGGCCAGCUUCGUGCUUUAUCUGAUCCAGGAGAGGGUCACCAAGGCCAAGCACCUGCAGUUUGUCAGCGGCGUCAGUCCGCUGGUCUACUGGACAUCUAAUUUCCUCUGGGACAUGAUUAAUUAUUCAAUCAGCACAGCAAUGGUUGUGGGGAUAUUCAUUGGCUUUGACAAAAAGUGCUACACCUCACCAACCAAUCUCCCUGCUCUUGUUGCUCUGCUGUUGCUCUAUGGGUGGUCGGUGACUCCCAUGAUGUACCCUGUGUCCUACGCCUUUAACAUCCCCAGCACGGCCUACGUCACGCUGUCCUGCGUCAACCUGUUCAUCGGCCUCAAUAGCAGCGCCAUCACCUUCAUUUUAGAGCUCUUUGAGAACAAUCAGACCCUGCUGCAGAUUAAUGAGUUGUUGAAGAAGGGGCUGUUGAUUUUCCCUCAUUUCUGUCUGGGACGGGGCCUGAUUGACAUGGCCAUGAACCAGGCGGUAACAGAAGUGUACGCUCGAUUUGGGGAAGAGCACCUCUCUGAUCCAUUUCACUGGGAUUUUGUUGGGAAGAACCUGGCUUUCAUGGCUGUAGAAGGCUUUGUUUAUUUCACCUUCAACAUCCUGAUUCAGUACCGUUUCUUCCUUUAUCACUGGAUGCCGGAAUCCAAGAAGGCGCCUCUCUUGUAUGAAGAUGAAGAUGUUGCUCAGGAGAGAGAAAGGAUCUACAGAGGAGGGAGCAAUGUGGACAUCCUGCAGGUUAAAGACUUGUCCAAGACGUAUAUGGGUCAGAGACAGCCGGCGGUGGACAGGAUCUGUGUGGGAGUCCCCUCGGGCGAGUGCUUUGGCCUUCUGGGUGUCAAUGGGGCUGGAAAAACAACCACCUUUGAAAUGCUGACAGGCGACACAGAUGUUUCCUAUGGAGAUGCCACAGUUGCAGGUCACAGCAUUCUCACUAACAUCCUGGAUGUGCAUCAGAACAUGGGCUACUGCCCCCAGUUUGACGCCAUCGACGAUCUGCUGACUGGCCGUGAGCAUCUGUACCUCUAUUCCCGUCUCCGAGGGGUGCCCGAAUCACAGAUCAGCCGGGUUGCAGAAUGGGCAAUCCAGAAACUAGGCCUGUCUGAAUAUGCCAAGCAGAGUGCAGGGACCUACAGCGGUGGCAACAAGCGCAAACUGUCCACUGCCAUUGCCAUGAUAGGCUGCCCAGCUCUUGUGCUACUGGAUGAGCCAACCACAGGGAUGGACCCACACUCCCGACGGUCCCUGUGGAACACCAUCAUGAGUGUGAUCCAGGACGGGAGAGCCGUUGUGCUGACAUCUCACAGCAUGGAGGAGUGUGAAGCUCUCUGUACCCGUCUGGCCAUCAUGGUUAAUGGAACCUUUAAGUGUCUUGGGACCAUCCAACACCUGAAAUACAAGUUUGGCGACGGCUAUGUGGUAAGCAUGAAAAUCAGGACAGCUAGACCAGGGGUGGCCCCAGACCUGAACCCGGUGGAGUCGUUUCUGGAGCGCAGUUUUCCGGGCUGCGUUCAGAGGGAGAAGCACUACAACACCCUACAGUACGAGGUCGCCUCCUCCUCACUCGCCCGCAUCUUCCAGCUGGUGCUGGCCAACAAAGAGAAGCUCAACAUCGAGGACUACUCUGUCUCCCAGACCACCCUGGACCAGGUGUUUGUGAACUUCGCUAAGCAACAGUCGGGAGAAGAUGACGUCAUCGUGCUGCACCCGAGGGCAGCAGGGGGACGGCGUGAUAUAAAGAUCACUCCGGAAAAGUGUCCGGGGAAGACAAAGACCAAGGCCAAGACCCGCUAACUUUGUGGAUGUCACUUCUCAGUCAUUUCCACAGUGAAGGUUUUUGCAUUUCAUGAAAGAACAUAGACGAAGCUAGCCCCAGAAACCAACGGUUACUAAAAUUUUGGGGGAGACAUAUUUGAAUGAACUGGUGCUCAAUGCUGAAUCUGAACUGAUAGAAGUUCAGUCAUUAUCAGCACAGGUAUUUUUUUUUAAUGAAAUUUUUUUAUUAAAAACUCAUAUCGUGCAAUACAAAUAUGACCUGUUAAAUAUUAACUGGAUAUGGAUGAAUAUCGAUUUGCUGCAUUGCAAUGAACUGAAAUGUGUGUAAUAAUCCUUUUACAUUAGCAUAGAAAUGUGUUUCUGAUUUCUUUUUGUAAUGUAUUGAGUGGCCUAUCCAAUGAUUUUCAAGCCUCAAUGAAGAAUUGUAUAUGAUCAUUUGUAAGCGACUGAAAAUAUUUGAAUACCAAUCU